CCCUGGCAGGGCUGCCGCAGCGCCCCAUGGCUGCGGACGCUCUCUCCACGUGGCCCGGCAAUGGCACUCGGGCUCCUUGCCCCGUGGAUUCCGCCUUCGCCCAGCGCUUCCUGCCCGCCGUGUACCUGACCGUGAUCCCCCUGGGGCUGCUGGGGAACGGGCUGGGGCUGUGGCACCUCUGCACAGGGCCCCGCGAGGGUGCCCGCCAGCCCCUCAGCCUGCUGGUGGGCAACCUGGGGCUGGCUGACCUGCUCUACGUCAGCACACUGCCCUUCCUCGUCAGCUACUACCUGCAAGGCAGGGUGUGGAUCUUCGGGCAGCCCUGGUGCCGCCUCACCCGCAGCCUCUUCCACCUCAACCUCUACGCCAGCAUCGGCUUCCUCACCUGCAUCAGCAUCCACCGCUACCUGGGCAUCGUGCACCCGCUGCAGGCGCGGGGCAGGUGCCGGGGUGCGGCCUCUUCCGCGUGGCUCAGCGCGACCGUCUGGGUGUGGGUCAUUGCGCAGAUCGCUCCUGACCUUGCCUUCAGCAAGGCAGAUGACAAGAGGACGCAGUGCCAUGACACGACAGGACAGGAGCACCUGGAUGUUUACUUGCCCUACACCUUUGCUGUCACCGUGACUGGGUUUGUCAUCCCGUUCCUCAUCAUCAUCGGGUGCUACUGCCGCGUGGUGUUCGUGCUCUGCAGGAAUGACAGCGUGGAGCCCAGCCUCAGGAGGAGAAGCAUCGGACUGGUGAUCCUCGUCAUGGUUCUCUUUUCCAUCUGCUUCCUCCCCUACCACAUCUUCAGAAACCUCAACUUGUUUUUUCGCUGGCGGCCACAAGAGUACUGCACACAGGCUUCAAAGGACAUCUACAUUUCCUACCAGGUGACUCGGGGCCUGGCCAGCCUCAACAGUGCCCUCAACCCCCUGCUCUAUGUGAUUACCAGCAAAGACUGGAGGUCACGAGUGAGGACCAUCCGCCAAAGCGCCAGACAGUGUCUGAGGCCACCCUUCUGGAGCAAAACCUCUUGCCAGGCAGCUGAGAAGAGGAGGAAUGACAUUAUUUGUAAGGAAGAGGCUUCUAAUGAGCUCUGAGGUACCUGACACCCCUGCUUCUGCCACAUCAGCUUGUGCUUGGCCCCUCCAUGGGCAGCCCCGCACCCUGACACCUGCUUUGCAGAGAUGGUGACAGCAGCAUCACGGGCUCUGUGCACACAAGGGACAGGCAGGACUGUCAGCAUCGGAGAGAAAACUGGGACCAGAUUUCAAAACCAAAACUACUCAACCCAACCAUUUUGCCUACAGCACGCCUGGAGAUGGAAGGAGAUGAUCGCGUUUGCUCCAGUCCAAAGUAUUUCCCUCCAGCCUCUCAUGCAGCAGUCUGAGCUGGUGAACAUCCCCUUGCUUCCCAGCUCCUCUGUGACUGAGGGAUGGGAGGGAAUGACACCUUGUCCCUCCACUGCAUCUGCUCUACUGCACUGUGGGUUUGAGACAGCAUUCCCUCUUUUACCUAAAGAGAGGUCCUGCAUUGCAGAGCAGCUGAGAGAGCAAAUUUCUGCAAUGGAGGAAGAGCUUUGGAAAUGGAAAUAUUAAUUUAAAAAUCAGCUUUUAAGUACAUUACUAAGCUGUGCCAGUUCCUGGUUGACUGAGCUGUUUCAGGAUCUGUGGGAUCCUCUACUGCCCACCUCCUUUGCAGAAGAAAAAGACAUUUUUGGCAUUACUCCCUCUCUUUUGGAAGAGCACAUAUCAAAACUAACAAAUGGGCAUUUUAAAGUUUUUGGAGGCUAUUGGUUGGGGUUUUAUUUUAGAAGGUGAAUGACUGCAGUAGUCUGAACUCUUGCUUUCAGCAGGAAAAUGCCAAGAGAGUUUGCAAAUCUUCAGGUGGGUGCUUGCAUCUUGCAUCCAGCCUUGAGAGGCCAUUAGAUAUGACUUGUAAAAUUUAGAAAUGCAAAUAAAAAGAGAAGCAGCACUGGCAUGAAGGCUUGUGAAGGCAGGAUGUGAUGGCAAGAUCUGUAAUCACCAGGGCUAACAGAUCUCUGCUUUUAAGAUGAGCAGAGGCUCCCAAGGGUAUUUUCGUUUUUGAUCUCAGUGUUACCCACUACAAACAGCUCGAACAUUUCAAUUCAAUAAUGUGAUUUGCAGCAACAGCAGCUUUUGGAGCCCAGCUGAAGGAAGUGGACUGUGAGUUAAAAUCAGCCCUUUCUGGGAAAGCACUGGCCCACGGACGGACGUUGUGCUCUUUUCCUGACAUUUAUCACUGUCAGCUGUUCCUCACACAGACCCACCUUAGCUGGGCAGCGGAGGGUGCAUGGCUGGCUUUCAGCGCAGUUAAUAUGUCUGCAGUGCAA